CCAGGCCGAGGCCCUUCAGCAUCGGCAGUUGAGUCCAUCCAACCUUCUUGUCCUUCCCGGCGGAAAGUGGAGAUGAGUUCUUCCGCCCGAUCAGUCUUCCCGCUCAUCCUCCUGAUGGCGUCGUUUCUUGACGGAGCGCAGUGCAUCAGAUUCCUCGGUCGGAUAUCCGAACAGCCGAAGGAACCGCCGAACCAGUCACUCAAGACCGCCGUCUUCGCUCUUGGAAGCUUCUGGAGGUCCGAGGCCGUGUUCGGUUGCUUGCACGGCGUCGUCCGGACCACUGCCGGAUACGCCGGCGGAUCCAAGACCAAUCCCGAGUACCGGAGUCUCGGCAAUCACGCCGAGUCCGUUCAGGUUGAAUAUGACCCCAGACUGAUCAGUUAUAGGCAACUGUUAGAAGUUUUUUGGUCUAGUCAUGAUUCUCGGCAGGUUUUCGGGCAAGGCCCUGAUGUGGGCAGCCAGUACAGGUCAGUUAUUUUUGUCAAUGGAACCGAGGAGUCUAGAUUAGCAGCAUUCAGCAAAGAAAGAGAGCAGACUAAGUCAAAGAGCAGUGUCGUUACCACCCAAAUUCAACAAAUUGGAACAUUCUAUCCUGCAGAGCCUGAACAUCAGAAAUUUGAGCUUAAGCGGAAUCCCUUCCUCCUCCAACUGAUGGGCAACCUGCCGGAAGAGGAGCUCGAGAGAUCAAGUUUGGCAGCUAAACUCAAUGGUUUCGCAGUUGAUCUCUGCCCUCCGAAUGUUCAGAAACAGAUUGAUGUGAAGAUUAAUGACAUUGUUGAGAAAGGUUGGCCCGUCUUGAGAGAAAUAUAAGCGGUAAUUCUUGCAGGGAGUUUCUGCUGUCAAAUAUGAUAGUGUCCAUUCAACUGAUUUUGGAUUUUAUCAUGGAUUCUAGAAAAGGAGCUUUAGGAUUCUGUAGAACUGUCACUUGUAACUUCUUACAUCUUCAAAUGAAUAAUCUCGAACCUCGAAAUGAUUGUAUUAUUGAAAAUGUGAUUCUUCUAUACUUGAGUGCUGAGUAAUCAUGGAUUGCGACCAACAUGAGACCUUAACAGAAGACAUGUAUAUACUAAAGUUUCGUUU